AUGGUCAAAAAAUUGUAUAAAAUUAUUUUAAGUACUGCAAUUUCAACCUUUAAUCAUUUGGUUCACGUAUGUGAUAAAAUGUCAUCGGAAAUGUUCAAAGCUCGUUACGACAACUAUCGGCUUGUUAGAGUUCAUUUAGAAUCAGCUGAACACGUCACUUUGUUCACUGAAUUGGAAGCUGAAAGUGAUAGUUUCACUUAUUACGGUCAUGCCUUAAGAUUCCCUCAAAGUUUGACAAUUCUUGUUGCUGCUCACAAAAUUUAUGAAUUUCAAGACAUUGUUGAUCGUUAUCAUGUGAAAUGGGAUGUAUUGCAACAAAACAUUCAAAAUCUUAUCGAUGCUGAAAAAUCUACAAUCAAACCUAAAGGAACUCCAGCAGAAGAUUUUGAUUGGAAUCACUACCAUCACUUGGAAACAAUCUUUCGUUGGAUGGAUAAGCAAAUCUCUGAAAAUGAUUUUGUAACUGGAUUUGAGAUUGGCAAGACUUAUGAAGGAAAACCAAUUCGUGGAUUGAAAAUAUCAAAACAAGAAGGCAACACGGGAGUUUUCAUUGAUUCUGGAAUUCAUGCACGAGAAUGGAUUGCACCAGCUGUUGCCACAUACACAAUCAAUCAGCUGAUACACUCAAAAGAUCCAGCGAUUGUUGAUCUCGCACUUAACUUUGAUUGGUAUUUUGUGCCUGUUUUGAAUGCUGAUGGAUAUGUCAAUACAUUUGAGAAAGAUCGUCUGUGGAGGAAAAACACAAAGCCUUAUGGACGAUGUCGUGGCGUUGAUUUGAAUCGUAACUUUGAUAUCAACUGGGGUGGAACUGGAGCAUCUCAUAAUAAAACGACUUAUGAUUUCUGUGGAUCAGAAGCUUUCUCCGAACCUGAAGCUAAAGCAAUCAAAGACUUCCUUGACAAACAUACUAAAGACUAUCGUAUUCAAACUUAUUUCUCACUUCAUAGCUUCAGUCAACUUUACAUGUUUCCUUACGGCUACAACACUGAGAAAGUUAAAAACUACGAAGAUUUAAAGAAAAUUGGAGCGAAGGCCGUUGAAGCGAUCAAAGACACUCAUGGGAAAGUUUAUGUUGCUGGAAGUUCCAUUGAGACAAUUUAUCCAAACUCUGGAACAAGCAUGGAUUAUGUUUAUGAACAUUAUGAUAUUCCAAUAACUUUUACAAUUGAACUUCGUGGAGAUAAAAGUACUCCAACAUUUUUCACGAUGGCUAGUGAUACGGAUGAAAAUAAAGCGAGGUACGAUUUUUAUCGAUUAAUUCGGCUGAGUCUUGAGAAUGAAGAACAAGUCUCAGUCCUUCAAGAAGUGGAAGUCAGUAGUGAUAGUUACACAUUUUAUGGUCAAGCAACAAAAGCACCUCAGGAUCUCAUGAUUUUGGUACCAGCACAUAAGAUCUAUGAAAUUCAAGACAUUAUUGAGCGCUUUAAAAUUAAGUUUAAAAUUUUGGAAAGAAACGUACAAAAAUUAAUUGACGAUGAGAAGGCGACAAUCAAACCCAAAAAUACAUCUGCUGAUGACUUCGGAUGGGAUCAUUAUUAUCAUUUAGAUACAAUUUAUCGCUGGAUGGAUAAGUUAAUUAAUGACAAUGAGUUUGUGACAGCAUUUGACUUAGGAAAGACACACGAGGGGAUUCUUAUACGAGGAUUGAAAAUCUCUAAACAGAAAGGUAACACUGGAGUCUUUGUUGAAGCUGGAAUUCAUGCCAGAGAAUGGAUUGCACCAGCUGUUGCCACCUACACAAUCAAUGAAUUAAUUCAUUCAAAAGAUCCAGCAAUUGUUGAUCUCGCACUUAACUUUGACUGGUAUUUUGUUCCUGUUUUGAAUGCUGAUGGAUAUGUCAUUACAUUCGAGAAAGAUCGCUUCUGGAGAAGAAACACGCAACCUUAUGGACGAUGUCGUGGCGUUGAUUUGAAUCGAAACUUUGAUAAGAUUGGUGAGAGAGCAGUUGAAGGAAUCAGGAAAGUUCAUGGAAGAAUUUACGAUACUGGAAGCACAUUCGAAACGAUUUAUCAAAAUUCAGGUAGCAGUGUUGAUUAUGCUUAUGAGAACUACGACAUUCCAAUUGCUUUCACAAUUGAAUUACGUGGCCCAAGAGACACACCAAAUCUCUUCCUACUUCCUGCUGAUGAGAUCAAACCAACAUCUGAAGAGAUUCUUAGUUCAUUUGUUGCUGUUCUAAAUGAGGCUCGAACUUUA